ACAUUAACCAUAUCCAAUUAUCUUCCACAGUCCACACGUUCAAAUCCUGUACCACCUCUCUACCCUACCUGUAUCCUCCUCCUGCCAUUUACAGAUGACACAAUCACAACUUCUAACCAAUGGCUACAACCUCUCUUCUACCCAAAUCCAUCCCACCAUUCCUCACAACCCCCACAUCAUUACCCACUUCCAGAAUCGCCAGUCUCUCAUUCCUCAACCCCCAAACCGAUCGUCAACCUCAUUUUCCCACAUGCACACCAACUGUUCGACCAAAUGCCACAAAGAAAAAAAACGAGUGGCUAGACCCAUUUGACACGGGUGAGGACCCGGACAUGGAGUAUGGGACACAGUAUUCUGAAGGGAAGCAGUCGGAGGACCCCAGGCCACCCGAGAAUCCUGAUAAUCCAUACGGGUUUCUUAAGUUUCCAAUGGGGUUUAUGCCUGAAGUUGCUUCACUUGGGUUGAAGAUUAGAGGGGAUGUUAGGAGGUGUUGUGUUGUGGUUGCUGGUGGGGUCUAUGAAAACUUGCUGUUUUUUCCCACUAUUCAGUUGAUUAAGGACCGGUAUCCGGGUGUUCAGGUGGAUGUUUUGAGCUCUGCGAGAGGGAAGCAGGCGUAUGAGAUGAAUAAAAAUGUGAGGUGGGCGGAUGUUAUUGACCCCGAUGAUGAUUAUCCUGAGCCUGCGGAUUACCUUGAUUUUCUUGGACUUAUUAAGAAUCGGUACUAUGAUAUGAUGUUAUCAACCAAACUGGCUGGUAUAGGACACGCUUCGUUUUUGUUCUUGUCAAUGGCUACAGAGAGAGCGAGUUACAUAUACCCAAAUGUCAAUUCAGCAGGCGCAGGAUUACUUCUGUCCGAAACAUUCACACCUGAUCGAUUGAAUCUCUCAGAGGGUGGAUAUCACAUGUACAAACAAAUGACAGACUGGCUAGCAAGACCCGGUAGAGGGGUCCCACGACAAGAGAUUCCGCCACUUAAAGUAUCGAUACCCAGAAAGGUGAAAGAGGUUGUAGCUGAAAAAUAUAAAAAUGCCGGUGUUGAAAAAGGGAAAUAUGUUGUGAUACACGGUAUACAAUCGGAUUCAAAAGCUUCUAUGCAAUCUAGGGGGGAUACUGACAGCUUACUACCUCUAAAUUUAUGGGCAGAGAUUACAAAUUCUAUAAGGGGAGUGAAACCGCUCUAUGUGAUUCCUCACGAGAAGGAAAGAGAGGAUGUGGAAGAAAUUGUAGGAGACGAUACCAACAUAUUAUUCAUCACCACACCAGGACAGUUGGCUGCUCUUAUUAACGACUCUGUUGGUGUUAUAUCGACAAACACAGCAGCCGUACAACUAGCACGUGCACGCGAAAAGCCCUGCGUGGCAUUGUUCGGCUCUGAAGAGAAAGCAAAACUGUUUCUUCCAAACAUAGAAGACAGUAAAUUUAUCAUAGCUUCAUCAAAAACUGGCAAGUUGGUAGAUAUCGACAUAAAUGCCGUCAAAAAUGCAGUCCAGAUAUUUGAGAUGCCGCUGGCUAUUGCAUAGAAUGAACGCCAUAUUUGUUUGUACCAUGUUUAUGUCGUUCAUCUGUAUAUUUAUCAUCCAAAUUGUUGUUAAAAAAAUAAAAUUCAGCGUUACAUGAUUCAGCUGCAUACAUAACAUCAGUUUGAAGAUUUGUAUAGACCAUUUGGCAUUUGUCCUGUUUACCU